AUGAGCGCCAAGCAGUACACGCGCUAUCCCAUCGGCACGCCUGGUGAGCCGUGGGGCGAGGAGGAGCGGCGCCAGUGGCUGUCUGGGCGCCGCUCGGUCUGCGACUACUUCGAGACGAUUGUGUCGCCUCUCCACCGCAUAUCGCAGGAGGUGGGCGGUGAGCUCCUGCAGUAUGGAGCGAUUGACUACCGUCCUCUGGGUGCUGCCCUCUACCCGCUUUUUGCCUAUCGCUCCGCUGUCUGGGAUGAAGCGCUGCCGAUGGCGGCGAUCACUGGUGGGGUUCAUGGCUACGAGCUAGGGAGCCUGGGUGCCCUCGAGUUCAUCUCCCAGCACUUCCGGGCCUUCUCUGCACAGAAGUCCGUGAACUUGCUGAUCUUGCCAUGUGUGGCGCCCUGGGGUCUGGAGAUGUGCGAGCGCUGGACGCCCCUGGCCGUGGACCCCAACCGGGCCUUUAAGCCCGACGGGCGGAGUGAGGAGGCAGCACUGGCUAUGAAGUGCAUCGCGGAGCAUCGCGCGCGGUCCAAGUUCCUCCUGCUUCACAUGGACUUGCACGAGACCACGGACACGGACAACACCGAGUUCACCCCCGCACGCUUUGCGCGCGAUGGCCUGACGGAAGACAAGUACGAGGAAUGGUACGACAUCCCAGAUGGCUUCUACAUCUACGGGGACUCCGCGCGUCCGAAGGACCAGCUGGCAUUCUCCAAGCACAUCAUCUCGGCCGUGGAGAAGGUCACGCACAUUGCGGAAGCGGACGAGCGUGGGAAUAUCGUCGGGGAGCCCAUUUCUGCGCCUGGGGUGCUGCUUGCCCCGGGCGAGGGCACGGCGGACGCACACACCGAUGCCAUGUACGUCACCACAACAGAGGUCUACCCAGACUCGAAGCGGACGAGCCGCGCGGAGUGCAACCGCGCGCAGGCGGCCUCCAUCGUGGCAGGCCUCGAGUUCGCCCUGGCGCACCAAGACUGA